AUGAACAACAUUGCCGGCGGACUUACAGCUGAGGCCAAGGCCAAUAUGCUUGCGAACCUCCAAAUCGAACUCAACUCGCGCAUUGAGAAGCUGCGAUCCCAGUGCGAGGCUCAGUGCGCCAGUAUGCAGUCGCGCCUCGAGCGACGCGUCAACCGCAUCCCGGUCGUGACGCGCCAAACCACACUCGCCAACCUCCUCAAGGCAUCAGCACCAGUACAACUUAUUACCGCGCCUGCCCCACCAACCAAGGUCACAACUACAACCGCCGUCACCACAACAUCGACUACCACUACUGCCGCCACCAAGAAGGCAGCCGGUACUGGCACUGCUGGCCGCAAACCUCGCAAUGCUGUUCCCAGCGCGCCUUCUUCGAGACCCGCAUCCUCUCCAGAAGUGCGCAUCAAGUCCACUUCCACAACCAAGACUACCAAUACCAAGACUGUCCCCACAUACGCCAAAGCAACAAAGACGGCCCGAGCGAAGAAGCGCAGCAGCGACGAACUGUCUGGCGAGGACAAGGAAAACUCCGAAUUGCCU